AUGACAUAUCACCAUCAUUCUCUCUCGUCCCAUUUGUGCCACACACCAAACCCUCCAGUCCAGCCAUCUGGUCCACCUCCUGACGAGCGAAUCCGUCUGGAGCAAGGCCAAGGUGAUGAUCAAGACUCACUCCCAGACCUAAACCUCCUUGAUCUCAGCAACUCUGACGAUGACAACGAUGGAAAUGGCAACGAUACCCAAGAGCCACCGAGAGUCACACUAGAUCUCCCUGCUCAGUACAGACAUCUUGCGCCAAGCAACACAUAUAAUGAGACUGCAGAUGCUGCACAGUCAAUAGAACAAGACACAGCAUAUGUGUUGGUCUCACUGGCUGAUGGCGUCGAGUAUGCCCUCCAAACGUCUGCAAAGCUCGAGCCCAACACCCUAGCUGAGGCGUUAGAACGUCCUGAUAGUGAGAAAUGGCUCGAAGCGGCAGUCAAAGAGAUUGACGCUCACCUGGAAAAUGGAACCUGGGAGGUCGUAUUGUUGCAGGGCUAUGCUCAGCGCGAAGGUGUAGAUUACACCGAAACCUUUGCGCCUACAGCACGCUUUGGAGCACUGCGGACAGUCAUUGCGCUAGCAGCAGUUGAGGACAUGGAACUGGAGAGUGUCGACAUCUCUACAGCCUUCCUCAAUGGCGAAAUAGAUGCAGAAGUGUACAUGCAGCCGCCAGAGGGAUUAACAAUACAUGGAGACUCCGACGGGUCACAUCAAUGGGUACUCCGACUGCUAAAAGGUCUAUAUGAGUACUCUGAGAUAGGCUUCAAACGACUCGAAUGCGACCACAGUGUCUUCGUCUACCAACGCGACGGUGUGCGGAUUAUCAUACCUGUCCAUGUCGACGACCUCAUCUCUUGCUUCCAAGUCUCACCCGCAAUCCACAAAGUCAAGGAGGAACUCAAGCAACGCUUCAAAAUCCAUGACCAAGGCCAGACAACCCAGAUAUUUGAAUUCGACUUGAGCGUGAUCGCACAAGUCGCACAAUUGCUCUCUCACAGCCAGCAUACAUACAAAAGCUACUUGAAGACUACAAUAUGA